GGUCGUCCAAACUGUUUUAUAAUGAAGUGCUUCAAAUCUACAAGAAAAACUUUAGGUGUUUUCGCCAUAAAUAAUAGUAUUGCAUAAUCUGCUGGGAUCCGCGAAGCUCUUGACAUCUCAAAUGUCAUUUGGAGACACUAUAGGGAUAUUCCAGGUCAACAAAACUACCUUGGAGUUCAGUGUCUCGUAAAAGUAUCUUUAUCUUUUAUACUGAGUAACGCUCCAUAAUUAACCGCAAUUACUGGAGCAAUCUGAAGUCUACCUUUGGGACAUUUAGGAUCGUCCAAAAUAUUUUGAAGUUUAGCUCUUGAUAAUAACAGUAGUUAUUCUCACAAUGAACUUUGAACUGUAAUCUGUAAACCCCCUGGCAUAUCAUGAGUCAUUUCAAGAUAGUUUUGAGAUAUUGCAGAUUAACAAAACUACUCCGGAGACCAUAGCUUCAGGUCUACACUUGUGAUAAUAGCUUUUGCCACUACACUGAAAGAAGUUACCGUUAGACCCGUAGACUUUAGGAUCGAAACUCAAGAACAGUUUGGAUCAGGGAUGUUUUCGAUCACCUGGCAAUCGUUUGACUCAUUUGUCCAUAACUCAGUUCAGAAGCCUAACAUUGAAAUGUUGUGUUCGGCAAAGUUAUAGAUUAGUGUUUUUCCUAUAAUUAUUACUAAGGAAGCCAUAUUCUAACUGUCAUAUAUACGGCGCUAGAGCGCUAGUACUACCUACUCAUACUAAACGAUCGAAAAAUCCUAUCGUUUAGUGAGAGUAGGUGGUACUAACACUUUUACGCCGUAAAUAUUAGAGUUAGAAUAUGGCGUCCUUGGUGAUAAUUAUAGAAAAAAAAACACUAAUCUACAACUUUACCAAACACAACGUUUCAAUAUUAGGCUUCUGAACUGAGUUAAGGACAAAUGAGUCCAACGAUUGCCAGGUGAUCGAAAACAUCCUUGGUUUGGAUGACCUAGGAUAUUCCGACUGAUCUGAUAUUGUCUAUUAACCUUUCAGAUAUGAUAGAUUACAUAUCGUAGCUUUGUAUAAAGAAAGAAGUUACCGUUACACCCAUCAAGAACAGUUUGGAUGACUGACGUAGGAUAUCUCGACUGAUCAGAUACUACUGAUACCAGAUUUAUUAUGGUAGUGUAACGAUGGACCCCGGGAUAGCAUGACUUCCAAUGAUGAUGCGCCUUCCUGUUUCAUUGCUAACAUUAUCUUCCGGACGGCUUUCAGUCAACUACCUUAACCCGAUCGGCGCCGCAUCUCUUACACAGUUUGCUCCUGUCAGGGCCUUUGCAGUCUUAUGACUUGUGUGCUGGUUCCAGACACCUAAAACAAACCUCCGGUGGCUUGUGGAAUGCCGGAUGACAUACGCGUCAGCUUACUUUAACCCUCCCUAUUUUAACCCUUUAAAGCCGGGUUUUUUCAAAGCGUUUUUAUGGAGUUUUUUCUACGUUUUUCUGCAGUUUUGGUAGUCACUAGCAUAAAAACGGUAUGGAUAUCCUAGGUCAUCCAAACAGUUCUUGAGUUUAGAUCCUAAAGUCUACGGGUCUAACGGUAACUUCUUUCAUUAUACAAAGCUACGAUUUGUAAUCUAUCAUGUCCAGUGUGUCUUCUGAAAGGUUAAUAGACAGUAUCUGGAUCUGCGGUCAAAAUGAUUCUUCUCCGCUUCAAAUGCACAAUGUACAAAAUGCUUAUAAGACCGGUGAUCCUCUACGGACACGAGACACGGACCAUGUUUGAGGAGGAUCUACAAGCACUCGGAGUUUUCAAUCGACACAUGCUAAGGAUGAUCUUCGGCGGUGUGCUGUAGAACGGUGCGUGGCGGAGAAGGACGAACCAUGAGCUCGCUGCACUCUACGCCAAACCCAGCAUCCAGAAGGUGACCAUAGCCGGGAGGAUACAAUGAGCAGGAUCUGUUUCAAGAAUGCCGCACAACAAAUCUGCAGAGUUGGUGUAUGCUACUGAUCCGGUUGGCACAAGGAGGCUUGGAGCGCAGAGAGCACGAUGAUCGGACCAUAUGUGUUGUCCCAAUUGUGAUUAUCCUCUGUAUGUAGGAAUCCAAGCAAUUUAUAAAAAAUAUCAGCUUAUUCUUCUACCUCAUACGCUACUAGACGAGCCAGCAAGUUCAUGCCAUGCCGUUGUAGGUGAGAUGAGGAGAUUAUGUAAAAGAUGCUAACUGCUUAACUGGUUGGCUUCGUCCGACAACCGACUGUGACUGAGGGGAAUAUGCUCAUAUGGUCGCUGUAGGAUCGAGGACAUUCUAUAUCCUAUAAUUAAAACACAUUCUUCAAGUACUACACUUUAUAUUUUCACUCUCCCAGACACACGCUAUCGACGUCUCACAACCCUCGCUUCGUUCUCCCGAAUCUGACUUGUACACACUGUCGAUCCAUUCAUGACAGGGUUGUCCAAUCUGAUCUACUUAUACAAAGGGCCAAUACGCUUCUAGACUCUACAUCCCCCCUUUACAUUAACGACAUUAACUACGUUGAAUCCAGUUAUAUCAAAUGAUAAGAAUCCUGUUGAUCGUCAUUGUUGAGAUGACUCGAUGACGUUCCUCACAAUGCCUCCGUUAUUGUGCUCCUUUCCACUUGCUACAGUGAGCUACGUCUCCGACGGAUUCCGUUGAGCUUCGUCUUCUUCCAGGGUACAGACCCACUGCAACCAUACGUUCAACCGUAUUAAAUUCUUCAGGAGCGAAUGUUCACCCAGGUUUGUUUGGUUCAAUUAUUCGCUCAAAACCAACAGUAUACAUUCCCCUCAGCUAAAAAUAGUUUUAAUUUAAUUCUUCUCCCGGUCGGUUAUCGUGUAGCUCCUCCACUUUUUUCAUACAGAUGUUUCGUUCAAUAUGACAGCUUAUAACGAAGGGACCACGAAUACAACUCCAGUUGUACGUGCGAUGCAGAUGUCAGCAGAAAGGAUCUCUAGUCCCAGACCGAGUAGAAACUGUCAGAAUCUUGCUGCAGCUUAAGCAUGUACUUGUUGUUCAAUUCAAUUUCUCCAUUUGCUUUAUCGUAGUUCUGAGUAGAUCCUCUAGUCCUUGCAAUAUUGUAUGAUGCUUUCACAACAAAAUGGGCCACCAACUUCCAGAGGAGAUCCAAGAUUAUCGCGACGAAUCAGGCACUGACCAAUCCAAAUGCCUCUACUCGUGCUUGUGUUAGAACCUGCUUGCUUAAUGGUUGGCGAUGCUUUCACCUGCGACGGAUUCAUAUCGUCGCAUUCGAUAAGGUGGAAAAUUAACAAUACCUCUUUGUUCCUUCGUAACUAGUGGUCCAUUAUUCGACUUGAACGUCUUGUGCAAAGCCCUCUCAUACGUUUCCGUACAGUCUGCAGCAUGAAAACAGUUUCAACGAAGCUGAUGAAGUAACGGUGGUUAUACAUUACAUUACAUUUACUGCAAUAUCUGAUUAGUGUCAGUUUUAUUUCUCUAAAUUCCGUAUCGUUCCAAAUUACGUUGCCUUGUAUAUGCUUCUAGAUGGUACAAUUAACUCCUAUUCAUGUAUACAUCCCACUACGGCCUAAUCAAAAUUAUUCGGUGUUGCUUCGUUCGGCUUGGCAAGAAUUGUAGAUGUGACUGCUUGCAGAUACAGUUCAUUUUUUUUUACUUGGCCACUUGGAAUGGUUUCAGAAAGAUCUGGUUUAUAGCGAACACUUGGCAUAACCUUUCCAACACUGCAGACCAUGACACAGAAAACUUAUAACCUACUAGCUUAAAAAAUCCUAUACAUUCAACAUUUUUGACGAUUUUUUUUUCCAAAACUCGCACAACGACAUGUUAUGUAAUAUAGUAACAUGGUAUAGUAUCGUGCUCAUUUCGAGUUCUACCAUCGACAACAAAUGUCGGCCGAAGUCCAAGUCUGUAUUCUACACAUAACCUUCUGCAACAACUCAGGUGUAGUUUAGUCCAAAUAUUGAUAGCUUAUAUCUUAAACAUGUCAUGUUUUGUUUUAAAAGUUGUUACGGUCACGAAAGCUCCUCUCUCUCUCUUUCUCUCUCUCUCUCUCUUUCUCACGAAAGCUAUGAGAUCUUUAUCUAGUGAUAGGCAUUUCUGAUGUCGAUCUGUGAGAAUUUUACAGAGUCAUUCAUGUAACCCAAACAUUUACCAAACAGCUAUAUUUAGUAUUAGUCUUACCUAUACCUGCACUAUCUGUGACUGUGCUUAUCUCACUCCUAAAUCAUAAUCUCUGCGAAACGUUCUGAGCCAAAUCCGUAACAUUGAUUUUGUGUUAUUAUUUGAUUUUCAUUUGAUAUUUAUGAAAUGUGAAUUUUUAAUUUCCUUGAACGAUGAAAAGAUUCUUCCCAGGGUUCUUUAUUUUCUUCCACGCCUCAAUCCAUCUUAUUAUCCUUUGGUGUCAUGAAAAUACUCUUUGCUUAAAAAAAAAGUCUAGAAAACCCAUACCACGAAACAUUCCUUGACCGACUGAAAAUCUAACUCGUUAGUCUCAGAAUGGUUCCACCGCACACCCUCACCUACUUUGCGUCAGCAAUAUGGGUCUUUUUGUAGUAAUUUCGCGAAUUUUUGGAGCAACAAUCCAUUUAACGAUUCACUCAUUUACAAACGCUGAACUUUUUGAUGUAAAUGAUGUCUUUGAUAUGUUUCACGACGGAACGGCUCGUAAUAAUUGUUCAAGUAUUUAAUCACAAUGCCCAUGUAAUGUGGAUGAUUAAUAACUCAUAUUCACCUCAUGCAUAACCUUAAAAGAACUAUGUUUCUAAUGCACAGGCAUUUCUCUCUUGGUAGAAAACCACAUUUUUUGUGAUACACAACCGUUCUAAAAUGGGUACACAACACGGUACACAACCAUAGAUAACCAGCUAUUGAUAGUAUUAUGACGUUGAACUCAUAUCUUUUCGUUUUGAAACUCAACUAUUUCAUUGAUUCCUUAUCCAACUUCAUUGCAUUAUAUUUAGGGUUAAUCUUGCUACUCUCCACAUUGAGCUACUACUUGGCUAUCAGGAAACAAUACAAAUUAGUUUGCUUCCGAAAUCAUUCAAUUUAAAAUAGUGUUUUGGUACAAACCCAAAGUGCAUUACGACACAAAACUCACCUUCUUUUUUUGGAAAACUCAUCUAAAGUGUUGAUCAUCCAAUCUCUAUGCUUACACAAAACCAUUAAAACUCUAAACGAAAUAAUAUCUCCUUUGGUACAAAAACCAUUUUAAUUUUGAUUUAGAAACAAUUAACAUUUGAUACAAAAAGUACGGUCUGACAGAUCUCUGCAUUGUAGUCCUCUUUUGAUACAACCCAACUUUCGUUCAGUACAAAAUUAUUAUACGAUUCAACACAUCACAUUGGUACAGAACCAUUUCUUUUUUUUUUCGAACAAAACCAUUUGAUAUAUGGUAUAAAAACGAUUCACAUAUGGUACUAACCCAUCUGAAUACGGUCUGACAAACAUCAGACAACUAUCUCUCUUUUGGUACAAAACCAUCUGCAUUUUUAUCUUUUGGUACAAUACUAACUAAUAAACGUUCUCACACAUUAUUCUUUACAUACAAAACCGCUCAACAUUUGGUAUAAACCCAUAUUUAUUUGGUACAAAACAUUUCACAUUUAAAACAAAAUCAUUUCCCUUAUGGUACAAAACCAUUUCACUUUUGAUAUAUAGCUAUUUUUCUUUCGGACAAAACCAUUUCACAAUUGGUACAAAAUCAUUUUUCUUUUGGUACAAAACCAUUUCACAUUUGGUACAUAACCAUUUCACAUUUGGUACAAAACCAUUUCACAUUUGGUACAAAACUAUUCCUCUUUUGGUACAAAACCAUUGCACAUUUAGUACAUAACCAUUUCACAUAUGGUACAAAACCAUUUCACAUUUAGUACAUCACCAUUUCACAUUUGGUACAAAACCAUUUCUCUGUUGGUACAAACGCAUUUCACUUUUGAUACAAAUUUUUUCACAUUUGGUACGACAUCAUUUCUUUUAUGAAACAAAACCAUUUCGCAUUGAAUGCAAAACUAUUUCUUUAUUGGUAUAAAACCACUACACAUUUGGUAUGAAAACAUCUCUGUUUUGUUAUCAAUUUAUCCCGUUUGGUACUAAAUCAUGAUACAUACACAUUUUAAUGAAUGUGACUUUAUAGGGCAUUAAUAAUGAAUGCAUUGUCUCAUAGUAAAUAUACAGAUACAUAACCUUUUACAUCAAUUGUCACUUCAAGCGACAUAGACUUCAAGCGUGAACAAACCCAAUCAUUUUAUCACAACUCACAUAAAAUUUGUUUUCGAAACAGUCAAUAAUUGUGUCAUAAAAAUAACAUUUACCCCACUGUGAGUUUUUGUCUUUUUCACUUUGCAUCCAGAGAGGGACCUACGCCCACCUACCAUCGCACAAAUUACGCCUACCCAUCAUCGAACGAGUCCGACCAAACAAUACAAAACAAAACCGCGGCCAUGUCAGACGGCAGCACAACCAACUGAUGGGCAUAUAGUCAACGCAACUAGCCCUACACACCAGCGACUGACAGCUGAUGGCCGCGACCAGAAAAGAAGAACACAACAAACUCAACCACGCAUAAAAGGAAUUUCCAGCCAACAUCAAACACUUACAAAAAGAUUUGCAUUUCUUGCUGCUUGCACCAUCCUGCUACUCCCAUCAACAACGUCGGAACAAAAUUCAAUAAAACCAUUGCAUAACCGCGAAGGAUGCUCCUUCGUGCGCUCCCUACUUCCUUCUUCUCUUAACAAAGUUUGUUUUUUUUUUUUGGUACUCACCGCCGCAGCAACAUAGACAACCUUUUACCUUCUGAGCAGCAGAACCACCAGCAGCGAUCCCAGCAGGCAGUCGGUCAAAUGCUGACAAUCGGCCGAAUUCGAAGCCCAUUCACAAUUUAUCGUUUUCACUAAUUUGGAUCACUUUUUCUUUAUUACUCUUCACUAACUGUGCUUUUUUGUCCUCGUCGCCAAAAUGUAGGAUCGAGGACAUUAUAUAUCCUAUAAUUAAAACACAUUCUUCAAGUACUACACUUUAUAUUUUCACUCUCCCAGACACACGCUAUCGACGUCUCACAACCCUCGCUUCGUUCUCCCGAAUCUGACUUGUACACACUGUCGAUCCAUUCAUGACAGGGUUGUCCAAUCUGAUCUACUUAUACAAAGGGCCAAUACGCUUCUAGACUCUACAGUCGCGAGUCGCGAUUCACGCUUCUGACCAAUCCAAUGCUACCUCUGGGAGGAUGCUCCACCUUGGCCUAUUGUGGCGGUGGCGGAGGCGCAGGAGUGUGAUGCAAGUGCAAAGUAGGUUUGUGUGUUACGGAACGGAAUGUCCACCAUCCAACAGCAGCGCGCAGAUUGCUUCAGGUCGAAACACGCUGACGAAAGUUCAAGUUCAUACCGUGAAAGGAGAAGAGGAAAGUGAAAAGAAGCAUUGGUUGUAGUAAGUGAGAUGCAUCCCAAACCGGUUGAAGUGAGUGAAAAAUGCAGACAUCGAUGUUGAUCUGCGCAUAUUGCUGGUGUUUCUAAAGAUUUCUGGAACGGUAACCAACUUUGAAAGGCGUAGCAAGAGAGGAUUCAGGUAGAAGGGAUCACAACUCGGACUUGCUCGCACAUACACACGCAGUUGGUGUGCAGCUGGACGUCGCGCUUUACUCUGGAUUUACGGUUUGGCGGGGUUAGUACUUGUCCAGAUCAGAUCGGUUUCGGUGCACACUUAGCCAAAAUGUCAUCAUCGGAUUCCACGAAGGCGGCCAUUCUGAAGCUGCUCGACGAACAGCAGCGCCCUUUCUCGCUGUCCGACAUAUCCGAGAAGGUCAAGGAACUGGGAAAGUCGACCGUUCAAAAAGCCCUGGACAGUUUGGUGCGUCGUGGUAAGAUCAUCGAGAAGGUGUACGGUAAACAGAGGAUCUACUGCAUCGCCCAGGAUGAUGAGGGGCCGGAGCACGCCGAGCUCGGUCGCAAACUGGACGGGGAUUGUGCUCGCCUGCGCGAAGAACUGACCCAGCGCCAGCAGCAGAUCCGCUCGCUGGAAGUCUCGCUUGCCACGGCGUCCUCGCAGAUGACAGUCGGAGAAGCCCUGGAGGAGAUUGGGACGUUGGAGGGUGAGAUCCGGCGGUUGGAGCGGGAGCUAGAGGAGGAGCAGGUUCAGGCAUCGACCUCCCACACUGCGGUAAUCGCGGAGCAACCGAUGGACAAGGAUGCGCUGGAGAAGAAGUACAACCUGUAUUUGUCGGCUUACCGCAAACGCAAGCGGAUCUGCACCGAAAUGAUCGGACACAUCAUGGAAGGCUACCCGAAGAGCAAACAGCACCUGCUCGAGGACAUUGGCGUGGAGACGGACGAGGCGGUUGGAUGGAGGCUUGCGGAGAAUUGAUUGAAGAGGUGGCUGGGGCCACUGGGACAUUUUGGGCGACGAGAAAAGACGGUAUAAGGACUCAGGGGUGGCGCACAAGAAGAAAUAGUUGCAUUUGAAGUUAUUAUGUAUUUCAUUAAAAACUUUAUCUUGAAAAUAAAUCAUUAGUAGACUCCCAAACAGUAAGAAAGGUAAUACAUAUCAACUUGCUGUUACUCGGCCUGUUACGUGAGAACAUAGUUUGCGAACCCCUGUGCACUGUCGGAUUUAACUGUUUAAACCAGUGUCGCGAAGCAUCAGCGUACAAAUCACAAAAAAGCUGAUAAACAUCAAACUUGUAUCACCCUGUCUCUGCGGUUUCUGAUUCGCUCUCUCUACAGUCGCUAACACCAGAAAAGACAGAAUCCCAUCAUAGUCACCCGGUCACCCCUGUUUUGCUACAAUCAUCCUGACUUGGAUACGACUCAUGGUGAGUGUCAUGACUCUCUCCGUCGCCUCAAGCAGAUGCACGCGCAACAGCAUGUAAAACUAUGCAUGUGUAUUAUCACAAGCACGGUACUACGUCAUAAAUCCUAUUCGUUUUGUAUAGCUCAGUUUAAACGCACACAUUGAGCGCACCACGCAGUUCGCCCUGGCUACGGCAAACGCUCUCACUUCGCCCGUUAUGCAUCGUUGCUCAGAGAGAUUGAUUCUCUAGCAACCCGCCUGAAGCAUACUCAGCAACUGCUAUCGCUGCAAAGCUGCGAAGGGUGGAACCCACAACAUGUAUGUCAUUCCAGGCAUGACAUGCUAUCUGGUUCGUAUCACGUUGGGAAGGGUGACUCCAGAAAGCGGUUCAAGUGAUUGUCUCGUGAUGGUCGCGAUUAUUCGCAAGACUGGUUUAAACAUAUGAUUGUUUAUACUGUGUGUUCUUUGUCAGUCUCGGUUUGUCAAAUAUGCCACACAAUAGAAUUAGUAAAAACAAGGCUCAGAAUGGGCGCAUAUGAAACUUGUAUGUGGAGAAAUCAUCUAAGUUGUAAAUAUUUUUUUUUUGUUUUAAUGUAUUAAUAACAGUUAUUUAUGCUACAAAGUGCAAAAUUAUGCUUUAUACAGCACGAGUUGUACAUUUAUCCAACGAGGUCCAUCAGUCCAGAUAUCCAUUCUGAGAUUCUUACAGGAAUGUCUACUGAAACCUUUGAAACUGUCUCGGUUGUAGUUCCUGCAGGAAUUCUUUCAGGAUCCCUACAUUUAUUUUAUCAAGGGAUUCAUCCAGAAAUUCGACAUGAAAUUCUUCUUUGUAAACCUUUUGGUAUUUCUCAAGGGAUUUCUGCUGAGUUUGUUCAAGGAAUUUCUGAUGGGAAAUUCUGCAUACAUUCAAACUGGGGUUACUCCAACGAAUCCUCCAGGAAUUCAUCUGAGAAUUCCUGGUGAGAUUCCUCCAAAAAUUGCGACUUUGACUCCUUCAACAAUUCUUCCAGAAAUUCCUCCAGGGAUUUCUUCAGGCAUGAGCCCAUGGGUUCUUCCAGAGUUUUCUUGUAGAAUUCACCAGGUAUUUAUGCUGGGAUUUAUUAAAGAAUUUCGUGAUUAAAUACUUAAAUUUAUGCUGGAAUUCCUUCAUAAUUUCUCCGAUAAUUGUUCUUGUAAUUAUUUCAGGAAUUCUUCCAGAAAUUGUUCUACGCACCCCUUAGGAGAUUCCUCCAGGCAUUUCUGCAAGGACACUUCUAAGAAUCUAUUCAACAAUUUCAUUUGGUAUUCCUCUUGGGCUUCCUCCAGGAAUUUCUACUGGGAUAGCUCCAGUAAUGUAUGCUGAGAGUUCUAGAUGUCUUUAUGUUGGGAUUCUUUUGCAAACUCACCGCCGCGAAUAUUCCAGAAAUUUCUCCUGAGAUUUCUCAAGACAAGAUUCUAGAAAAUUCGACAGGGUUUUCUUUCGAAAUUCGUAUAGGUACUUCUUUAGAUAUUUCAUCUAGAGGUUUUUAUAGAGAUGUCUCCAACGAAUGCUUCAGAAACUUCUCCAGGAGCACUUUUACGGAUUUCUUCAAAGAUUUUUCCAAGAAAUUAAAUCCUAGGGUUCUUCCAGGAAAAGGUAUUAAGAUUUCUUAUGGAAUUCCUCCAUAAAUCCCUCUUGAAAUUUCUCCUGCAAUUUUUGCCGGGACUUUUCAAUCAAUUCCUGCUACGGAUUGAACAGAAGUUUCUCCUGACAUUCCAAUAGUUAUAUCUUUUCUUCAGUUUCGCAAAAAAAAACUUUCAAAGAAAAACUAGAAGGACGUUACCAUAACUAAUGCGAGGAUUACUUUCACGUGCACUCGACACUGAAAAAGUCUGUAAGUCGCCGACGAAAUAGGCCUAUCUGUUCGAAGAUGAGUAAAGUAGUGGAAUUGAAAGAAACGUGCACGUCCUUUCUAGUUUUUCUUUGAAAUUUUCAAAAAAAUCAUUUUUUUUAGUUUUUAGGCUGAUACAAAUUUAUUUUUGACUUUUUCUCUCCCCCCCCCUUCACAAAUUUUUGGCUGGAUUUCGCAUUUUGAGGGGGCAGAUGAAAAAUAUUUAUCAAAAUAUCGGGUCUUGCUGAAAAUUCUUUAACAAAUCCGAUGAGUUUUUAAUAUUUUUCAGAAUAAAUGCUCGACCAACCAAAGAAUGGUGGGACAAAAAGUGAAAUAAAUAUUUGUAACGGCCUUAUUAUGCAAAAGUGAAGUAUUUUCUAAUUUUAACUAGUGUUUCAUGUGAAAAAGAUCUGCAAAAAGUAAUAGUGAAAUACAUUAUAAUUCACUGAUCAUUCCAAGGAUUGCGUUAGAGAUUUUUCCAGGGAUUUCUCAAGAGAUUACUUUAGAAAUUUCUCUUGUUCGUUUUGGA